AUGAAGAAGUCUUUGGCAGGGGCAAAUGAUUUAAUUGCUGUGAAUACUUAUCAAAUAAAAAGAUACAAAUCAACAAAUUCAAGAAAUCAAACAAUUUUACAUAAAUUAAAUAGCAUCAGCAAGGUAGACCCAUCGAUAUCAUUCACAGAUAAUACAUCAUAUCUUCAAAACGAACAAGAAUCGUCGGUUGAUCCUCAUGAUUACACUCGAUUUGAAGACCCAAUACUGGCAAAUAUAACAUCCGCUAUGUAUCGUCAACUUCAACCUAUCACCCCCAAUGAUUCGUUUGUAUCUUGUACCACAUUCAAUAGUCAGGGAAAUGUGGUGGCAGUAUCUAAAACGUAUCCUAAAAUGGCCUUUCUUAAAGAAAAUAAUUUAUUCCCAAGAGAUCUUCGGAAAAUCGAUACUUCGUCAGUUGAUGUUGUACCACUGGUGGUAGUUAGAGCCCCUAGUAGUAUUCUAGUGAAUCUCUUGCACAUUAAGGCUAUUGUGAAAAAGGAUAGAGUGAUGAUAUUUGAUACGUCAACCCCUGCAAUUGCAUCCAAAUUGGGUCUCUUUAUGUAUGAUUUGGAAAUGAAAUUGAAGGCAAUCCCAACCACUUCAAGCCCAAUACCUUACGAAUUUAGAGCUUUGGAAUCGAUUCUUAUCUCGGUCAUGAGCUACUUGGAUGCUGAAUUGAAAAGUCAUUUAAACUCUUGUGGUACCAUUCUUGAUGAAUUAGAAGAUCAAAUUGAUAGAAAUAAACUUCGGGAACUUCUUAUUAAGCUGAAAAGUUUGGCAUCCUUUUAUCAAAAGGCAGUCUUGAUUCGUGAUGUAUUAGACGAAGUUUUAGAUAGUGACGAGACUUUGGCCGCCAUGUAUUUGUCUGAUACUAAACAUUAUGAUCCGUCAGUGGAAAACCCAACCGAUUACGCUGACUUGGAGAUGCUUUUAGAAGCCUACUACAACCAUUGCGACGAAUUUGUCCAACAAGCAGGCUCUCUUCUUAAUGAUAUUCGUGCUACUGAAGAGAUUGUCAAUAUUAUUCUUGAUGCCAAUAGAAAUUCGCUCAUGUUGUUUGAACUUCAAGUUACUGUCUAUACUCUCGGCUUCACAGUGGCAACACUCGUCCCUGCAUUCUAUGGUAUGAAUUUGAAGAAUUAUAUCGAAGACUCCGAAUUGGGGUUCGGUGCAGUGGUGGUAUUCCUGUUGAUUCAAGGUAUAUUGGUGACUCUGAUGAUGUUCCGUAAGUUGCGGAAAGUUCAGAAACUUACCAUGAUGGGUGGUGCUAGUAUGACUCCAAUGAAGCCUCAACAUAGAUUCAUGCCCUGGGAAACUUUCAAUAUAUGGGGCGAAAGAAAUGGCAUGCGGGAGUGGUUAAGUCAACGACACCGGUGGUGUCAUCGCUUAUUGUAUGGUGAACGUAACACCAAGUUCGACCGGCCAACUUCACGCGAGAAGGACGUGAUUUGGCGAAUGAUUAAUGACGAUAAGAAGAUGAGAUAG